AUAAAAUGACGUAAUUUAUGAUUAGUGACUCACGUAUGGCCUUCGCCUUAUGAUAUCCAGUGUUGACUGUCUUGUAAUGUCUUGAGUGCCGACAGUCUUAACCCCAUUUGAUCCCAAUUUUUUGGCCAUUGAUUUCAAAUCCGAUUUCAUUGAAUUAGACUUUAGAUUUGUUUUAUUCAUUUGAAUGAUUUGUUAAUUGAUUCCCAAAUGACAUGAGAAACCAAUUGAAUGCGUUUUUGAGACAAAUUUGAUAUCAAUUAUCAUCAAAAGUGGAUUCAUUUGGGACACAUUCAAUACAGCGUGAACUCCAAAAUCUGAGUUUGCAAACAGGUGCCGAUCAUCAGCUAAACGAUUGGCUUCAAUUGGGACAGUCAUUGUUGGCCGACAUCAGUGACUUCAGCGGUGGUCAUCUAAUGCCUCCAAUGCCUCCCAGGCGUAGAAAAUACAAUAUAGACGUCUGUGAAGAGGAUAAGAAUCAAUCCAAACGUUUCAAGACUUCAGUAAUGAGUGAUCGCUAUAAUUCUCGUCGCAAUAGUUCCCGAACUGAUGACGAAAUGAGCUCUUUUUCACAAAAGAAAUGUAUUGCUUUCUUCAAAGAGUUUGCUUCCCAUAGUGAUCCCGAAAUUAUUGAACCGGAAGGCAUAGAAAAUUUCUGUAAUGCACUGUCGGUUCAACCCGAAGAUAUAGUGAUGUUAGUGAUUGCCUGGAAAAUGGAGGCAAAACAGAUGGGAUACUUCCACAUCAAAGAGUGGGUUAAAGGCAUGAGUGAAAUGCAAUGUGAUUCAUUAGCAAAAUUACGUAACAAAUUGGACUCUUUGCGCCUUCAACUCAACGACUCGUCGGUAUUUAAAGCCAUAUAUCGUUACUCAUUUGACUUCGCGAAGGACAAAGAUCAGCGAAGUAUCGACUUAGAGACGGCUAAAGCAAUGCUUCAGCUCUUAUUAGGCAAUCGAUGGCCACUUUAUCUCUACUUUCAUCAAUUUUUAGAGCAAUCGAAAUAUAAAGUCUUAAAUAAGGACCAGUGGUGUAAUGUACUGGAGUUUAGUCGCUCUAUUAGUCACGAUCUGGGAAACUAUGACGAGGACGGCGCGUGGCCCGUAUUGCUGGACGAGUUUGUCGAGUGGUACCGAAAAGUUGCGCACAUUAAUUAACAGUAUGUGUGAACCACUAAAUAGCAAAUAUUUGAAAUUAUAUGUCAAUUAAUAUUGUAAUUAAUAACUAAUUUAUCAAAAUUUUUGCCAACACAUUGUCAACAAAACAAAAAUAUAAUAAACAUUUGUAUUAGGGAUUGAAUACUAUUGUAUACAUAUU